CAGAUAUUAACCAAGAGGUUAGGAGCGCACUAUCUAACGCUAUGGAGGUUGGUGAGAUUGUGGAAGAGUUGCAAGUUUUCGGGCUUGUCGCUGAUGAUAAGGUCGUUCUUGAGAAAUUGAGUUUUUUGGGCGAAAGGUGGGGCUUAAAUGCUAGUACCCUCGUGGAAAAAUAUGUUGCGUUUCAAAGGAAUACCGAUUUACCUGAUCGUAUUUCACAAAAAAAUGUUGAACUUUUUGAUAGAGAGACGUCGGCUAAACUCGAUACCUCUAAAAGUCGGACACCCAAAUCACAUGUUACAAAAUCUGCAAAAAGCUUGUUGACAAAAAAUAUGUUGCAAGAGUUGAUGGUUGCGGAAGCCUGUAGUGAUCAAAGAGAUCUGUUGAGUUCCUACGGUGUAUCAAAGGAAUUAAUUCCUGUUUCAACUGCACGAUUAAUUCCAUCAAACAAAGAAAAUGAACCUGAACUUGAGUCCCAUGAAACGCAGCUAAUAGCGUCUUAUCCUUCAGAAGUUGUUGCGUCGCUUAUCUGUAAUGGUAUAACUGAUUUCAUUGACUGGACUCCAACUCUGCUGACUACCGGAACCCAUGGAAACCGAUACAUGAACCAACACACCCUAGAAAAUGCAGAGAUUAUUGACAACUGGACAUGGGAAACUAUCAAACGUGUUUUGAGUAACAUACCUGAAGGAUCAUUAGUUGAAGGCGAUCAGAAUAUUCAACAAUCUUCUCAACCUACAAAUCGCGACUCGUUAUCGUCACUAAUCAGUAAAAAUGAAUGCUCUCAACCAACAAGAACUGAAACUUCUACACUGGAACGUACAACGGUGUUGAGACCAGUUUUUUCGCGUGUUCUAGCUCCAUCUCUUAUUCCUGGAAGAGUUUCUGCAAAAUUAUCAGUACCUAUAAAAGGAUCUAAUGAAUCUUCUCAAAUCACUGAGAACAAUAAACCUAUAACUGAAACCAAAACUCGUCUACACGCAUCAAAUGUUGCAUUAGUUGGACUUCGCCGAGUCGAACGCUCAGGAUCCGAAACUGAUGCCGUACAUUUGGACUUGGGAUUUUCGAAAGAUCUAUCUUGCUAUUCUAUCUAUUCAGGUCAACCACUUUUGAUUCGUGGUGUCAACCCUACCGGUCAUUCGCUGGGUGCAAUGGAAAUUUUCCAGAUACCUAUUUCAAAACCCCCUUUUAUCAAUCCACAUAAAUGCUCUGGGAACCUGCAUAUUAUGGUGGCCUGUGGUCCUUAUACUCUCUCAAAUUCACAUGAUCCUACAGGCCUUUUUAAUUUAUUGCGUUGCGUCAAACAAUCUAAACCCCAUGUUCUCAUCCUUCUUGGACCGUUUGUCGAUUCAGAACAUCCUGGUAUUCAGUCUUAUUCUGAAACUACUUACGAAGAAUUAUUCCAAUCUAGAGUGAAUAGUGUCAGUGAAUGGUGCAGUCAUUUAUCUGUAAGGUUGAUAAUUAUUUCCUCCUGGAGGGAAUUACAUCAUGAUCCAGUGUAUCCAACUCCACCUAUCGACAAGUCGUGGAUAGAAAAAACACCACAUCUGUUAUCAUCAUACGAAAAAGUUCAUUUCGCUCCUGAUCCAUGUCUUUUCCAAAUUGGGGAAUAUGUUUUUGGUCUAACUUCGGUUGAUGUACUUAAAGAUCUUAGUUGUGAAGAAAUCAGUGCUGGUUGUUCAGGCAGUGAUAGAAUUACUCGUUUAUGUCGGCAUAUUCUUGCCUCAUCGUCGUUUUACCCUGUACAUCCCCCUGACGAUGGUUUACCACUUGAUUACCCUCUAUGGAGUCAGUAUGCACAGUUUUCGGUCACGCCACACUGUUUGAUUUUACCAUCUAAAUUGCGUCAAUUUGUAAAGAAUGUAGAUGGCGUGCUGUGCAUCAAUCCUGGAUAUGUAUCAAGAGGAGAGGCCUUCGGUAGCUAUGCUGAAAUUGUCGUCAAUGGGAAUGAAUUUUCAAGUUUAAGUGAAAAUAGCAAUGACAUUAACUCAUAUAUACCGGACAACUUAUCACCGGAACAUUCUAGUUCCAGUAUAUGUGGUCGUACAUCUGUUUUAAUUAAACGCCUUUAGCUCAACUUAAUUUUAGAUAACAUAUUUAUUUUUAAUGCAAACUUGGUACUGUUUUGACUUCGUAUUUUUCUAUAUGCUCAGUGUAAAAUGCUUUCCUUGAUAGAAUAUAUUUCAGUCAAUCGUUUUAUAUCAUCAUGUCAAAUGAUUAACUUAUCUUUAUCAACUCAUUUGUCAAAAGUGUUCUGUCUUUUCCAUGUGUUUAAGAUAACUACAGAUAAAUCAAGAGUCCUUUAGAAAUUUCCAGUUGUUUGAAUACCCUUAAAAACAGCUCCUCAUUAUUGAGUAUAAUUCAUUUUGCUGACAAUUUAACAUCGAAUAUAGGGUGAUUUAUUGCAACUAUAUGGUCUGGUUUUUAAAUUAACUAUAAAAUCUGACUUAUUUCCCUCUAGUUUUGUUUGCAUAAUGAAGUUGCUAAUAGUCUCUCUAAUAUUGUUGACUAUUGCGCUAACCCAAAGCACCAACAAACAAAAUGUCCGUACUUGCCUUCACCAAUGCGCUCAUUACAAACAACAGCAUAUAGCUUUUCUAAAUAUUUGCCUCGUUCUUUCCUACUGAGUGUAUUUUAGUAAUAUUUUAUUCUUACUUUCAAAAUUGUAAAUACGUAAUACUGUUUAAUGAAUAUAUACGUAUUGUUGGAAAAUAUUUUUCAAUUUCUAAAACAAUCCAACAAUUAAGCACUAUGUUUAUCAGUAUACAAAUAUUAUAUAAUAUCGUACAUUCGUUUGUCUUUUGUUUCCCAAAUCUUUGUUGCACCCCACCGUCUUUUUUAUUUCGUUCAGUAUCUCAUAAAGUUUUGAUACUAUGAAGUUGCAUUUGUGUAAAUGUCUCUGAAUCUCUAAGAUUCACUUAUGAAGAAUGAUUAUAAACUCCUCUCACUUUUAAUGUCUUAAACAUCCUUUAUUUGUGA